AGUUCGUGAGAAAAGGAUUAAAGGAUUAAAGGACGAUCCGUUCUUCAAGCGCUAUGCACUGCGGAUCUGGGAGUCAGGCACAAUAAGAUGGAAGUGGAUCUGCCGGUACAUAACGAGUAUGAUGCGUCUAGAUUUCAUCAAGUUACAAUUAGGGACCCGAUAGCCGGCGCGGACAGCACUUUCACUAUUCCAACUCGUUAUGUAAACCUUAGUUUUCUGAAUGCCGGCGCCCAAGGAACUGUCGUAAUGGCCGAUGACCUAGUAACAACGCAACGUGUGGCAAUCAAGAAGAUGCAACAACCAUUUGUGAUGACAAUGAGCGCAAAGCGAGCAUAUCGAGAGUUUAUACUGCUAACGACUAUCAAACACCCAAAUAUAAUCCGUCUACUAAACGCGUUUACACCGGACACUUCACUUUCAACGUUCCGAGAAGUAUAUCUAGUUAUGGAAUUAAUGACACACAAUUUGCACGAGGUUAUACAUCGAUUAAGAUUGGACCAUAAAACAUUAUCAUUCUUCGUCUACCAGAGUUUGUGCGCAAUCAAGCAUCUUCACAAUUCGGGAGUCAUUCAUCGUGACUUAAAACCAUCGAAUAUUGUCGUCAACGAUCGAUGUGUAUUAAAAGUUUUAGACUUUGGAUUGGCCCGGAAGAAGAAUGUGGACACAUCGAUGAGAAUGUCAGAUUAUGUGGUGACAAGAUACUACAGAGCCCCCGAAGUUAUAUUAGGUCUUCCCUAUUCGGAAAAAGUAGAUAUUUGGUCAGUCGGAUGUAUAUUUGCUGAAAUGAUCAACCAUACCGUACUUUUCCCUGGAAAAGAUCGAAUUGAUCAAUGGACUAAAAUUUAUAGUGUUUUGGGAACACCAGAUGAUCAUUUCAUUAGUCAAUUGGGUCAGUCAGCUGCUAUGUAUGUUCGAUCGUUGCCACGUCAUCAGGCACGAGCAUUCAGUGAAAUCGUUCCUGAUACCAAUUUUCUGCCGGAGACUGAAAAUCCAAGGGUCCAUUUGACACCACACGUGGCUCGUGAUCUCCUGUUCAAUAUGUUGAAAAUCAAUCCUGAAGAAAGGUAUUCAGUUGAAGAUGCACUGAAUCAUCCAUAUGUUAAGUUGUGGUUUAAGGACGAUGAGGUAAACGCCCCCGCAUCAGAAAAUCGAUACGAUCAGGAAAUUGAUUUUGCCGAUAAGACACUUAUUGAAUGGAAAGAGCUAAUUUUCAACGAAGUGCAACGCUAUCAAGCCGACCACGACAUUUUCACUGGAUAAUAAAUAAUAAAAAACCUAAAAUUGUUUCUUUUUCUCUCAAAAAUAAUUGUGUUACUUUUUUCUUCAAAAAUCUAUCUUUCAGUUGUGUUCUGUCACUUAGUUGGCCAUAUUUUCUGGUGAUUCUCUGCUUAUUUUCUAUAUUGAUUAUAAUCACUAAAUGUUAAUUAUUUUGGAAUACAGAUUUUUUGGAACUGUUUUGUUUUAAGUAUAAGAAAUUGAACCUUAGCUCCACAAAAUUUGCAUCUCAUUAUAAAGUAGGGAUUGUUUUUCGAUUGUAUUGUCAGGUUUAAAUUCAAAAUUCUAAAUCAAUAAAUUAAUUUUUUAGGG